AUGGAGAUUAACACCAGAUUCGAUGUUCUUUCCAAGAAUGUCACUCAGUCAUUUCUCAAGGUCUUUAAGAAACUUGAUGCAAUUCGUACUGGGUUCGUGAAUGAAUUUGGGCCUUCUUUCAUGAAAGGGGGAAAAGGCGAACAUAAUCGAGAAGAAACACAUACUUCCCCUCCAAAGAAUGAUGAUGAGAAAAAGAUACCAGAAGGUGCAGUAAUUCAAACUUUGUCCGAUGAUGAUGAAAAUUCAUCAAAGAAAGCUUUAAAUCCACCAAAGUCUCCUCUAAAUGUUCCCAGUCCUUCGAAGUCACCACCAAAGUCUCAUCCAAAAGCUCCUAUUCCUCCCAGACACCUCGGAAAGAAGAAGAUAACUGAGGGAGAAGAUAUUCCUUAG